AUGACUUCCCCCACUCGCGUGUCCCCUCCCGACUCAGAAAUACCAGCUCUCGAUGCGAAUGCUAGGUUGAUAGACGCCAUAAUCCGAGGACGUUUCUCCUGCCGAUUCUACCAGGACAAAGCUGUACCAAAGAAAGUCAUAGAGGAGUUGAUUGAAGUUGGCCGCUUCUCGCCAUCAGGAAAUAACACCCAGUCAUGGGGGAAAGUGUAUUGUAUCAUGGGAGAGCGACUGAAAGCGAUCCGACAGGAUAUGGUUGCAGCAGUUGUGCAAGACGAUGCCCAUAAACCCCAAUACAACUACUACCCUUCGUGGACAUUUCUUCCCGAUGUUUAUGUGAAAAGGCGACAGGAGUCCAGGCGCUCAAUAUCCACUGUUCUGGGCGUCGAAGGGGACAACAGAGAACCAGGGACCAGAAGCGCUGGGCGUAAUCACCUGUUCUUCGGAGCUCCCGCUGUGCUGGUCUUUACUAUUAGCUCCCGGCUAGAGAAAGGAUCUUGGAUUGACCUGGGCCACUUCAUGCAAACAAUUAUCAUCGUUGCCCGUGCUCGUGGCCUGGAAACAUGUAGUCAGGUACGCAUAUACAUUUGUCAGUACCACCGGGUCUUGAGGAAGCAUGUCGCGAUACCAGAGGACGAUAUUGUGGUCAUUGUGAUGUCAGUUGGAUACCCUGACCUGGAGUUGACCGAGCGCUUCCCAGUCAAACUUCCUCGAAGAGAAGUAGGAGAUAUAUUGGAGUUUCAUUUAUAA